GAUACAUAGCAACCCACGACGUGAAUAUAAUCAGAUAAACUUUAAGCUAACAUAUUGCAGAAUAUUAGACUUAUAACUAAAAAUUCGACCUAUUUCACAGGACUGGCAUGACACCAACAGAACUCGCAGCUCACCCCGAAGUUCGCGAAGAAUUUCAGAUACAAUUUUGUCCAAACAAAGCUCAACAGAAUUGUGACGAUGCUAGAUCAAGUGCUUAUAGGACAGUGGAUGGGAGUUGUAAUAAUCUCGAUCACCCAGAGUGGGGAGCCGCCGUUACCCCCCAACCUCGAUAUCAGCCUGCGCAAUAUGAUGACGGAAUUACGUUGCCACGAAUGAUGGGUAAAAAUGGAAAGUCUCUUCCCAGCACUAGAUUGGUUAGUAACAAAUUAUUCCGAGCUGCGGGAGACCUGACGGAGGCUGACGAUACCCAGACCCUGAUGUUGAUGGUGUGGGGGCAGUUCAUUGAUCACGAUAUAACGGCUACCCCUGUCGCGCAAGGCGAUGGAGGGGUGCCGAUUACAUGUUGUGGUGAUGAAGUACAGGACAGAGAGGAUUGUUUUCCCAUUUCAAUCCCUGCUGACGAUCCUCGCUUCACGGAUAACUGUAUGGAAUUUGUGAGAUCCGCACCUGCUCCUGCAGAUGAUGGUUGCCAGCCAGGUCCGAGGGAGCAGAUUAACCAGCUCACAUCUUUCAUUGAUGGAGGAGUUGUGUACGGCGAUUCAGAGAGGUCGUGGCUCGAGCUCACAGAUAUUGGGACAGGAAGCAUGCUGGUCUCAGACGGGAAUAUGUUACCACCAGGUGGAGCCUGCCGAACUAGUCACGCGGACGACUACUGCCAACUCGCAGGUGAUCAUCGUGUGAACGUUGUGCCGUCAUUAGGAGGGAAUCACUUGAUGUUUUUACGUGAGCACAACCGAAUAGCAGAUGAACUGAGGAAAGUGAGGCCCGACUGGGAGGCUUCCAAGGUGUUCAAGGAGACCAGAAAAAUUAUAGGCGCUCUACUACAGCAAGUUACAUACAAGGAAUUUCUACCUACCUUUUUAAGAGAGGAAGACCUUGUAAAAUACAAUCUGAAAUUGAAGAACAGGGGUUUUAGCUCCAGUUAUAAUAACAGUUUGAAUCCUGGUGCCAAAAACGUCUUCAACGCCGCCGCCUUUAGAUUUGGACAUUCAAUGGUUCCUCCGACAUUGGCGUACGUUCUUCAGGAUUACAUGACUAAGCUCCAGUCUACUCCAAUCGAAUCCACCUUUCUUGAUCCGCAUAUGUUGAUCACUAAUGGUGGACAGCGGGUGUCGGAUUUGGCGCGAUAUAUUGUAUCUUCUAACGGGAUGAAAGUAGACAGUCAUUUUGAGGGAGCAAUUCGUGAUCGACUGUUCGUCAGCGAAAGCAGUCAUGGAUUUGACCUUACAGCACUAAACAUGCAGAGAGGUCGAGACCAUGGCGUUCCACCGUACAACUCCUGGCGGAAGUGGUGUAGACUUCCAGUGGCAACCUCCUUCAGUAGUCUGCGGGACAUUAGCGAAAACAACAAAGCCAUUUUAGCAGAUGUGUAUAGUGAUGUUGACGACAUUGAUGUUUUCGCGGGAGGAAUGGCGGAGACACCGUUGGACGGAGCUAGUGUUGGGCCCCUAUUUUCAUGCAUCAUAGGGAACCAGUUUAGAGAUAUAAAGGAUGGGGACCGGUACUGGUAUGAGAGCAGGGGAAGGGAGGGAUUCAGUGAAGAACAGUUGCAAGAAAUACGAAAAGUCAAGUUGUCUAAAAUUCUGUGUGAGAACCUUGGUGUGGAGACUGUACAACCAGAUGUGUUUCAUGUCCCGAACCCAAGUAACGAUUGGAUCAAGUGCGACCAGCUACCAGGAAUUAACUUUUCCGCGUGGAGAUCCAACACGAAACCUAGGGGCGGCCAGAGAAGAGGUUGAUAUGGAUGCCUGUGUGAUUUUGUACCGUGAACGGGGGGAAGUUCGA